CAAAAUAAUGUUUUUUUUUUUUGGGCCUGGGUCUGGGUCCGGAUAAGAUUCGGGUUGGAGCCGGGUUUUUUAAUCUGCGUUCCAAUUUCCGGGGGAAAUUUAGAAAUUUGAUCUUGACGAAUCGCCGGCGACGGAUUCUCAGACGCUGCAAUGGAAGGUCUUAUGGGUCAGGUAGAGAAACGGCAGAUUUCUACCGUCGUCUUCAUCGUCGCUAUGCAAAAAGAAGCUCAGCCUCUGAUCAACAGAUUACGGCUCGUUAAAGAAGUUAAUACGCCGUUUCCAAAAGAGGUGACUUGGGUUCUGUUUAAGGGAAUAUAUAAAGACUUGAACAUCAAUAUAGUCUGUCCAGGAAAAGAUUCAACUCUUGGGGUCGAGAGUGUUGGCACGGUUCCUGCAUCCCUCGUGACUUAUGCUUCCAUUCAAGCAAUUCAACCCGACUUAAUCAUUAAUGCGGGAACCGCUGGUGGGUUUAAGGCCAAAGGAGCAUGUAUUAGCGAUGUUUAUGUUGUCUCCACUGUUGCUUUCCAUGACAGAAGAAUACCCGUUCCUGUCCUUGAUCUAUACGGUGUUGGUAUGCGGAAAGCAUUCCCCACACCCAACCUUAUAAAGGAGCUGAGCCUAAAGGUAGGAAGAUUAUCCACUGGCGAUUCAAUGGAUAUGUCUCCACAUGACGAAGAAUCCAUCACAGCAAAUGAUGCUACAGUUAAAGAUAUGGAGGGAGCAGCAGUGGCCUAUGUGGCUGAUAUCUUUAAGGUGCCUACGAUUCUAAUAAAAGGUGUGACUGAUAUUGUGGAUGGCAAUAGACCAACUUCUGAAGAAUUUUUGGAGAACUUAGCUGCAGUCACUGCCAAACUUGAUGAGUCACUUACCAAAGUGAUUGAAUUCAUCAGUGGGAAGUGUCUCUCAGACCUCUGACAAGUCAUGCAUAUUAACCAUGUAGCUUUCCUCUAAUCAAAACCGUAAGUUCCGUCGAUAAGGUUCACUUAUGUGCAUUGGGGAAAGAAAGGAUAUAAAGAUUCAAGCAAAGGGCAUAGGUAGGGAAUAGGUUUGAGCAUAAAUUUCAACUCUUCACCUUUCCUCAUUUGUUCUUCUAUUUUUUGCUGUCUUUCUUAUGAUGAUCCAUCAUACAUGUAGAAACUCACCAAAUUUUAAUACCCAACAACAGAAUCCGAAAUUUUUUAUCCAUUUCAAUUGAUUGA